AUGCAAGACGAUGAUGACGAUAUGGUUUUUACAGUACCUGAACACCAACGACGACUGAGCAUUGAUGUUGAGACAUCCCCCACAAGCGGUAUUGACAGGAUAGAGGCAUUAAAUGUUGUCGAUGGAGGCGUAGGAAGUAGCAGCAGAAGUAGUAUUCGUAAGCUAAGAGGUUUUUCACUUGGAGUUCAACGUUGGGAACACGUCUUAAAGAGCGAAGUUUGUCUUCUAAAGGCCAAUCGAUUCAAUUCCACUCCCUACUCAAUUGUCUUACUUGGAAUUUUUACAUUUCUUGACCAUCUCCCGCUUUGCCUGACAAUAGUAAUGGAAUUUCACGCUUUACCUGUGGCAUGGCUUGUUGCCGCCUGUUUUGACGGCUCCUUGCUUGUUUUAUCCACUUCUUCUGGACUCUUACGUUUCACUUUUAUACUUGAUUCGGCUCCUUGUUCUCUAACCUUGGAAAACGCGUUUUCGUCUGUUAUUACCGGUUACGGCUUUAUUUAUGUGUGGUUUCGGUUCCCGGCUGCAAUCGUACGGAACGGAUUCCGCGUACUGUCACAACAGGGUUCGGUCUAUUCUGGUAGAGCAAAAUUAGAUUUGUAUAUAAAUCAUGGAAGCAAACUUUCAUCGUUCAGGAGGAGAUUGUAUUUUGAAAUAGAGAUCCAGCACUUACUAGAUGGUUUUGAACGUAUGCGUAUAGUUGUUGUGCAUGACGUUAAGGUCGCUCUCAGUUCUCUCUCCUUCCUUCAUGCAAGACCUGUCAUUUCCUCUUUGAAGCAUAGUCCAAAAUUGGAGGCUGUGAGGAAGUUCAGAGGAGUUGUGGAUUUCUUUUCGUUGCUUUGUUGA